AUGGACAAAAGACCAAAGAAACCAUCAGAUGUCCAGUUCAGAAAGAAAGGGAAAGAAGAAGAGGAGAAACGCUCAAAAGAUAAAAGGUAUGCAGGUCGAGUGACGUUAAUUCCGCCAUGGUUCCGUCCGUUGUUUCGAGCGAAACAAACCGGAGCACUUUGUGUUCACAAAGUUCAGGUGGAGCUUCGCAACAAACAAACCAAUGAGUACUGCAUCCAGAACUACUUCAGGUGUUCCGGGAACUGCGGCACCCAAACCACAAGCAGCAUUACGACCGUUUCUCAAAACUCUUACGGCUACACCUGGUGCCAUCGUGAGGUGGUGUGGCAGGGGGAAAUCCACGGCAACCAGCCCUUUGACAUCAGAUAUCCGACCAACUUCCUGUGGCACAAUGGUGAGGGAUACUGGGCAUCAAACACUCAUUCCUUCCGCACCGGCUGGAGUCUGGGGGCUCAUUUUGACCUGGGGACCCGAUCUGAUACUGGUGAAUCUAACCGAUCUCCCACCAUAACCAGCACUCCUCCUCUCCGAAUAACGCAGAACUGUCCGAGGAGAUACAGCCUGCCGGCGUUUGAUCAUGACGGUGACGCAGUCAGGUGCAGGUUUGGAACAUCCCGGGAAUCUGAUGUUUGUGGUUUAUGUUACCAACCUGAGGGCUUCACCUUAGACCAGGACUCCUGCACCCUGUCGUACACUUACACUCGCAGCCUCGGAAACAGUGCCUUCGAGCUCAUAGUGGAGGACUUCCCCAGAGAGCGCAUCACGCUCUCCUACUCAGAUGGAUCCUACACGCUCAAACGUCCCUCAGUGGGUGGAAGGCACAGACGUGACGUCACAACCGAUACCACUCUGUCCCCGUUCCCCUUCAAUUCAGCUCCAACUAGCUGCAACAACUACCGAUGCAACAACAGCAACAACCAGAGCUGCAACAACCACAACUGCAACAACCAGAGCUGCAACAACCACAACUGCAACAACCAGAGCUGCAACAACUACUGA